CAUUUGUAAAGCACCCCACCACCAACAACAUUCCUCUUCUCUCUUUAACGAGAUCCAUCCACCCCCGGAUAACCGCUCCCUCUCUCUCUCUACCUGAAAAUUUUCCAAUUUCAAAAACUGAGUCACGAUGUCCCCCAUUUCCCGGCCUCCGAAUCGACUCACUGAGUUCAAAUCAGGUGGAAAAAUCGUUCGACCCAGGCGAACCACUACCCGUCCCACUCCAUACGACCGGCCUACUCCUCGCCUUUCCCCUAUUUCCACUCCUCAAAACCCUAAUUGGCUUUCUCGUUUCAUUUUAUCUCCUUCUCGUAUAAUUGCUACCGGUGCCGGAAAAGUCUUAUCCACCGUCUUCGGCUCUGAAUCCUCCGCUUCCUCCUCCUCCUCCUCCGAUGUCGACGAAGAAGAAGAAGGCGAUUCCGGUUCUACUUCCGAGGGUGAAAUGGAAGAUGUCAAUGACGGCAAUGGUUCUUCUCAAAGUGAUGUAAAGGAGAAUCAGACAACUGAAAUUGUUAAUUACUCGAAGAAAGAUCUCCCUGCUGUGGAGUGGAAGACUGCGACAUUGCGUGUAAUUGCACAGCUUCUAAUGCAGGAAACGUUCUCGAGGGAAGAAUGUGACAGACUAACACAUAUUAUUAAAUCGAGAGUGGUAGAUUCUCCCAUCACUGGAAGCACAAAAGAUGGGAGGCCGAGUAAGACUCUGGACAAGACAGUUGGCAAUGAUGUUGGUACACCUGAUAUCUGCAAUACAGCUGUUACAGAGGCCAAAAAAUGGUUUGAGGGAAAGAAAUUGGGGUCGAAUUCAAAGUCAGUGGAGUAUGGAACCUGCAUUUUGAACACUGCUCCACAUGCUACUGAAGGAGAAAUGGGUUCACCAGUGGAUUUGGCCAAAUCUUACAUGCGAGAGCGUCCACCUUGGGCUUCUCCUUCCACAAACCACAUCCAAUUGCAAUCACCGCCAUCAAUGGGAAAAGAGCUUUUUGUGGAAGCAACACCAUUUUCAGUCAGUGGCAAGUCAUUGUCCCAAUCAAAGUUGAACAGGGAUUUCCUGGUCACUGGUUCAUGGAAUAUCCAGGAGGAACUACGUAAAGUGAGAUCCAGGGCAACUGAAGAGAUGCUGAGGACUCGACCAUCUUCCAAAAUGGAUUGGUCUGCAUUAGCUUCAACUUAUAAAGGAGGCCCUAGUGUAUUGGGGGCUGGAGAAUUUAGUGGUGCUAAAAAUAAACUUUCCAACUUCACACAAUUAAUAGAUGUACCUUUGAAGUGGGGAAGUGCAGCAAAUAAUUCUGGCUUCACAGAUACUCAGAUGGCACAAGUUAGGUUGCAGAAAGAUGAUUUUUCACCUAAUGCAGCUACUUCUGUUCCCGAAAAAAGUCAGGGUCUGGGAUUAACACCGACCACUGAGGGAAUGGCAGGAUUGCGGGAUGGCUCUGAAGGGAUAUCAAGCCAUGAACAACAGCAGCUUCCAGAAGAAGUGAUAGUAAAACAAAGUGCUGAUGCUGUCAUCGCCAAUGGCCCAGAAGACAUUGAGGAGACUAGCCACCCUUUGAGCUCUAGAAUGGAAAGAACUGUACAAGGCAAGAGUUUUAAAUCUGAUUCAAUGUUACUUGAAGUAAAUUUUUCACCAUCCAAGGAAGUUGCUGGAAGAGACGAUUCAGUUACUGUCAAUGGCUUCCCUUCUUCGGCAUCCAGUUUGCCUGAGGCACAGGAAAGAGAACAGAAGUCUAUGCCGUGUGGUGAAGAGCACAAUCCAGUUGGUCCAGAUCAUGACAAGAUGACAAGAACUGCUCCUGCCGAGGAAACCUGCAAGCUACUGAGUGAGGCUUCCAUGGAAGUGCCAAACGUAAAUGAAAAUGAUAGUGUUGCUACUGACUCCCAAGACAGCUCUAGCAUGCACCAAGAAGGAUCGCUGCAGGCUCAGGCUCUGGCUCAACCAAAUCCAAAACGCGGCUUGGGAUCCAGGACAACUGGUGUCAGUGAGAAGCAGCAAGGAAGAAUCGUGAGCAGCAGAUACAACAAGAGAGGCAGGGGACGGGGUAAAUAAUCCUAAAUCAUGUCCUUGUACUCUAGUGUAAAAUUAACUGUAAACUAGACUAGAAAGGGAGGAUAGUGCCACGACAGGGCUAUAUUAAAGUUUAGCGAGAUUGAUAUAGCUCUCCUAGUUUAACAUUAACUAAGCUGGUUUUUCCCCUUCAAUCGGGUGUUUAGUAGCUGUUAAAUUUAGGUAUUGAUGUCAGUCCAGAGUGAGGAAUUGUCUCUGUUUUGCACAAGAUUUGCAAGCUGUAGUGAAAUUAAUUUGUUUUGUCA